CACGGGGGCCGCUCGUGACCCGCGUUCUCCCAUGUGCUGGGGGCGGGGCUCUGGAGCGUGGACCUUGAUGCCCUGGGCCCUGGAGCCCAGGCCAACUCCAGGGGCAGGUCUGCCAUUGAGGACUCUGCUCUUCCAGGACAGGAGGGAACAUUGUGGACUAGGAGGAGGCCAUGGCCCCUGUGCUCCUCUUAGCCACAGUUCCCCAGGAAUGGGUGACAUUCAAAGAUGUGGCUGUGGAUUUCACCCCGGAGGAGUGGGGGCACCUCAGUCUCUCUCAGAAAGAGCUCUAUAGGGACGUGAUGCUGGAGAACUUUAGGAACCUGGUGUGUCUGGGGCUUGCCAUGUCCAAACCAGAUGUGAUCUCCCAGCUGGAGCGAGGGGAAGCACCUUGGAUGCCAGAGGGAAACGGCCUGAGAUGCAGACUGGGAAACAAAACUGAAAACAAAGAGUCAUCUCCAGGGUUGGGGGUUUGUAUGGAAGAAUCAUCCCAGAAAACACUCCCCAAGGAUUGUCCCUGUGUCCCCAAAGUGGGAGAAGCCUGGCAGUAUGACGUCUGGUUGGAGAAGAAGCAGCGAGAUGAAGAAGAGCAUCUUCAGCAAUUAAAGAGCAGUGUAAGGAAUCCUACCAACAAAAGAAAAGGCCAGGAACAUAUUAGAUGUGGCCAACACGUCAGUCCACAAGGAGUUUCUGUAGGAAAGAUUCUCUAUCAGUGUAACAGCUUUUAUUCUGAGCUGAGUAGAGGUCAGCAGAUCUGUUCAGAGAAGAGAGGCUAUAAGUAUGGUGAAUGUGAUAAGUCCCCCAUUUACCUCUCUGACUUUCUUGGCCAUCGACUGACCUCUGGAGAGAAAGCUGAUGAGUGCACCGAAUACAGAGGGACCUUUUACAGUAGCUCACUCAUCACUUCCCUUCAGGCAGCGCAGACCAGAGAGAACCUGUAUGAAUGUGUGCAAUGUGGGAAAGGCUUUCAUCGGAGCACACAUCUUAUUCGACAUCAAACAAUUCAUACUGGAGAGAAACCAUACAGAUGUAAGGAAUGUGGGAAGACCUUCCGACAGAGUGCACAGCUUACCCGGCAUCACAUAAUUCAUACUGGAGAGAAACCUUAUGAAUGUAGUGAAUGUGGCAAGGCCUUCAAACACAGCUCAUCUCUUGCUUCCCAUCAUAGAAUUCAUAGUGGAGAGAAACCUUAUGAGUGUAGUGAAUGUGGCAAAGCCUUCCGUGAGAGCUCACACCUUACACGGCAUCAGAGAAUUCAUACUGGAGAAAAACCUUAUGAGUGUAAUGAAUGUGGAAAGGCUUUUAGCCGGAGCACUGAACUUAUACGACAUCAGACAGUUCACACUGGAGAGAAACCUUUUGAAUGUAAUGAAUGUGGGAAAGCGUUCCCUCAGAGGACACAACUUACUCAACACCAAAGAAUUCACACUGGGGAGAAACCUUAUGAAUGUAAUGAAUGUGGGAAGGCCUUUUGUCUGAGCUUACAGCUUAACCGACAUCGACUUCAUACUGGAGAGAAACAUUAUGAGUGUAGUGAAUGUGGGAAGGCCUUCAACUACAGCUCAUCCCUUUCUUACCAUCGAAGAAUUCAUACCAGAGAGAAACCAUAUGAAUGUAGUGACUGUGGGAAGGCCUUCAAUCGCAGCUCAUCCCUUGCUUCUCAUCAAAGAAUUCAUACUGGAGAGAAACCUUAUGAAUGUAAUGUGUGUGGUAAGGCCUUCUGCCAGAGCACACAACUUACUCGCCAUCAGAGAGUUCAUAUUGGGGGAAAGCCUCAUGAAUGUAAUAAAUAUGGAAAGACUUUUAGCCAGUGCACACAACUUACUGAGCACCAGGUAAUUCAUAUUGGAGAGAAGCCUUAUAAGUGUACUGAAUGAUUGUAGGCCUUUGGCAAAAGCAAACAUCCAACACCAGGUGCUUAACGCUGGAAAGAGAAACUUUUUUAAAUAAACAAAACUAUGUGCAAAGCCCUUCAGCCUGAGCACAGAACUUAGUACAUCAUUUCAGAGAAUUUAUGCUAGCAAGAAGGCUUGUGAAGCUCACGUUUCCCUCACUGAAGCCACACAAAAUCCACUGCUCCCUCAGGCUUAUCUUAGUGGACGCUUGCUAUGGACUUUCAACCUGCAAAUAAACACUCUACUCUGUCACUUUCUCAGGGAUACUUAUAGUCACCAAAAUUAGUUGACUAGUAGUAUGGAGGUCAUGUUUUGGGUCGGAAAGCUAUUAUGUGUAUAAUCUAUGAAUAUAGGCACAUAAUUAUGUUAUUACUGCUAAUUUAUCUCAGCCAGAUCAUGUGACACCAGUAUUCACUUGGUGAUCCCCAUAUAUGCUGGAUAAUUAGGAAAGGAAUUUCUCAUUUUUGUAAAAAGCUCAGGUGGGCUGCACACCAGUGUCAUGCAGGCAGCAUGAUGGAACAUUAUGAUUCCAUUUUCUUUGGGUAAGGGGCAGGAAGACAGAAAUUUGUAGCCUCCUGUUUCCCUUCUAGGAAUAAGUAUCUCUCCUCAGAACUACCUAAAUUGUCACUGAGAAAGAAUGUUUUACAGUUUUAGGAAUGCAUAGGCCAGCUAGCCAGCAGGUUAACAAGAUGAGUGUGAGUCUGAUCAUCAGGGACCAUCAGGCCGGCUGAGGAAGGACAGAUCCAUUUUGAUCCUUUAUAAACAAUUGAUUUGGGAACACACUUUUAAAGUUUAAUUUGCACUAUUAACAUUUUCUCUAUCACUUUCUUAAGUCUAGACAAUCAACAAAAUAAUAAAUCAAGCCCAGAUUUAUAGCAUUUCAGGUUUCUGAGGUGUACAUGCUCACAUUGAAAGUCUAACGCCAUUCCUGUCCUCAGGCUUUGCAGUGCCAGAUUGGUGAGUAUUGCUCUUGUCAUUCAUCCUUGAGAUUCCUAGACAGCUGCCUCCUCUUCCUCCUCCCCCCUCCCUUCUGCACGUAUGCACCUGAGAACGAUGAGCAGAACUUCUGUUCCAGGGUUUUUUCUCCCUCUUAGUCUGCCUCUUGGCUUUCCGAGGGAGCGUUACUCAGAGAGCAAUGGCUAACACUGUUUCAAGGGAUCCAGAGUGAUUUUAGGGGCUUCACUGGAGGCUCACAGCAGUCCAGAGCAGCAGAGUCUACACACGCCCCCAUUUUAUAGAUGAGGAAACAGGAUUAGAUGGGCUGAAUGAUUGGCCCAUGCUCACACAACUAGUAGGUAUUGAAGGUAGGCUUUGGGCCCAGAUCUUGCUGCCUCUCAGAGCAGGAGGGGUUUUCUUGGAUUGGACAAUGCACUUGAAGGAGCCAGCCCCCUUCUGGGAAUUUGCUUGCAGUUAGGGUUUGUCUAUUUGUUUUCAUGACAUGAUGUUGCUAUGCUGAUGCUGGAAAUGCAGCAAUGUGCUAUUUCUGCUAAGUGCACCCCAGUUCUUCCUCUUAAGGGGCUUGGCGAUAGCACUGUGCUAAAUGCUGGGAAUAUGAAAACUAGUAAGAUAGUCCCUGCCCUCAAGGAACUUCCAUUCUAGUGAGUGAAGCCAACACAUAAAGGGAUUGAAUGAUUUUAAUAUAUGGAGGGGGGAUCCCUUCUUCCUCACCUCACCCAUCUAAUCUGGUGCCAAGUCCUAUCACUUCUACCCCCUCAGUGUCUCCCAUUACGUGACCACUUCUCUUUACUCAUGCUGCCGCCACCCUAGUUGAGGUCUUCAUUCUUCUUUCCUAUGCUUAGAACAGUAGACAUGAAUGUCUGCCCCUCUUGUUCACAUCCUCCCAUAAGCUGGUCGGGGGGUGGGUGUGGGAGGGGCCCACUUAACAUACUGGAAGCCUUUUUCAGUUUCUCUUGGGAAGUCAAGGAUACCAGCGGAGCACUCCAGCUGUCCACCUGUCAUCUCUUAUAAUGUGACCAACCACUCUUCCCAUCAUAUGAUUAAUAUAUUUUCUUUCUGUUUCUUUGAAGCCCUCAUUGGUUACAUGUUACAGGCUGCUCACACCUACUCUGCACCUCUCUAUUGUCCUGUGUGUGAUCUUUGUUAUUAUUCAGUCUGUGAUCUUCCAUGCCAUGCUGUCACCAACGCCAGUAGAAUGCUGGUAUUAAUAAGAUGGGCCUUGGUUUCUAUGGAAGCUUGGGGUCAUUGAAAAUAUUUCUAAAUUUCUCAUAGUCGACUCAACCUCUCUCAUCUCUUGGUCCAAAUCAUCCAUCAUCCAUAUCCCAGAUAAAUAUACCAAUGGAAAGCUCUAUAGGUUGUCCAUCUAAAUACAGGCUACAAUCCACUUGUUUUCUCCUAUGUGGAUGGUCAAACCAAACUCCUUUGAGUGAUUACAGGUCUCUUCCUGGAGGCUCUGCAAGGUUCCCAGGCCUGGUGCAACUAGCACAAUGUUAGCCACAAACAGGAGCAUUUAAAGGACCUCACCAUCUACAGGGAAUCCCACUUCUUCUUGGACGCCAUGAUGGAUCUCCAUCACAGUGGCGAACACCUAUGAUGAACAGCUACCUCCCUGUUUUAUGCCUCUCCUGCCAGCAAAACUCCAAAGCACGGCCUAUACCAGCUUAAAAUAAAUAUAAUUGGGAAAUGUUUAACAAAAAUAAAAAUACAAUGCAAUAUACAUAAUGUUAACUUAUGAUUCUCUAAGUCAUUAUACUCCUCCAAACUAUUUGAGUUUGACACCAUUGGUCUAGACCCUCUAAAGUCAUUUGGAGAUCACUGGAAUGAGGAACACGAACAAACUUUAGAGAUUUGGUCAACUGACUCCUGCAAGCUUUGUUGGCCUGUGCAGAUCCAAGCAAGCCAUUAGUGUUGCACUCUUGUUCUCACAGGAGACAUGGGAUCUGUACCCAGAGAAUGCUGGUCACCAGAAAUCUAUUGCAUUUUCCAGCUGAGGAAUUAAAGAUCCCAAGGCUCAGUAUUUCACACACAAACCAGUGUUCUUGAUUCUGAAGUGGGCUGUCUGACAAGUUCCAAGACUGCCUAUGGAGGCAGAUUUUGCGUGUGGUUGGAAAACAGUCUACAGAUGAGUAUUUUCAUCAUUAUUAACUUGGUUACUCCCUGCCAGAGUUAGGCAGAGGCAAUAGCUAGGCAUGAGUUCAGCACAUUCUAUUGGCUAGGAAAAACUACUGUAGGUGCAGGUACUCUGCCCUGUGGAUCACAUGACACUGAAACUAUUGUUGUUCAGUCAUUUUUAGUCAUGUCC